AUGUGGAUGAUCAUCAAAACCAACAUCACACUCCCACUCGACGACAUGGGAAAACCAAUUUCAUGCGAGAACUGGGACGCAAGUAUAAUAAAGAAGGUUGAGGCCAACGCCAAAGCUACAUGUACUCUUCAAUGCGGCCUAACAAGGGAGGGGUUGAACCGAGUUGGUCUGUUCACGAGUGCCAAAGAACUAUGGAAGAAGCUGAUCGAACUACACGAAGGCACCACUGAUACGCUGCACGAAGGCAUCUCCGAUACGAAAGAAUGUGAGACGACUAGCCAACUUCAUGCACGGAUACAAGAUCUACUGAACGGACUCCAUGGGAUCAAACAAAAGAUAGAGAAUAAAGACACUAAUAUACGACUAGCUGAGAAAGGUAUUGCUUUGGUUACAGGUACAAGCAAAACCCGGGAACCAAAAGUAAAGCGCAGAACCGAACCUGAGUCUGAAGAUUAA